AUGGCAUCUCCUGAUAGCUUGCGACAGAAGAAUGGUGUUCUAGAAGACAACACAGCCGAACAAUCACCACAACAUCAAUCAAAAGAAAAAGUCGACCCUGACACGGGCGAUUACUCUGAAGACGGCGGCGGUGAACGGCCUGUCCGCCAGAAGCUAAAGGAGACUUCUAUUGCCGGAACAGGAACUACAAACCCGGACCAAGAAUCCGAAUACUCGAAUAUGGGCGAGGAGAACGGCGAGCCGCUAAAGGACAACAAGACCGAUACCAACACAAGCGAGCGUGGACGAUUGAAGAAGAAGCGAUCCCUUGACGACCUGAUGAACGAGGACGGACAGCCAGGUCACUACGAUGAAAGUGGCCAUAGAAGAAAGCGUUCUAGAGAUUCGAAGAUGGAAACUACACCUGAACGGGAAGCGGAGCCACAAGCAGAUACUGCUGGGCUGGAAAAGGUAAAGAGCCCAAAGAAGAAACGAAGCAGAGACCAAUUCGACAAGGACCUGGAUUCAAAGGCAGAGGAAGAAAAUGUGAAAGAAAAGGAUGAUGCUGCCGCCGAUCCUUCCAAAGAUAAUGCCGAUUUGGAAAGCUUAGGAGCUUCACCUAACAACCGUGCGGACAAGGGCGAACCAGAGAAAAAGCGUCAUCGUGAUAAUUCGCAGGAUCGACAUACCGAGGAGCCAAAGAACGCGACUGCUGCUUCAAAGUCCACACUCCCGAAUCCUUUCACCAACACUUCCGCAACUUCUCCAUUCGGAACACUCAAUGCCUCGAGGCAGAGCCCUACAAACACAGGCGACCAGUCAACCAAGGAACAGAGUACCAAUCCCUCUGCCUUUGCAGCCUCGACGUUAGCUGCAUUUUCAGGGUCGGAAACCUCUCCCUUUGGUACAAUUGGAGGCGGCUCGUCCAUCUUUAAGAGUAAGCCUAGCAGCAAAGGUGAAGGCGAUGGCAAAUCUAGCUCCAUUGGGUCCGGGGCAUCCCCGUUUGCAGUAACCUCGGGCCCUUCGCCUUUUGGCGCGUCCUUUAGUGGAAGUGCCUUUGCAAAGAGUUCAUUCGCAAGCGGGUUUGCUGCGGCAGCACCAAAGCCCGGUGAGAGGCUGACUAGCUUUGCAUCUCCUAAGCCAACAAAUUUCGGAUCUACGGCUUCUAAGCCAAAAGCAUUUGGCUCAAAAGCAGAAAAUAAGGAAGAUGAUGACGAUGAAGCGGAAGAUGAUGAUGAGGCUACUGAGGAGAAGGGAGAAACUUUCCAAGGCCUCGAAGAAGAGAAGGAAGAUACCCGGUUCUUUAAACAAGAGACCGAGACUGGAGAAGAAGGUGAAGAGACCCAUCUUACUGUCCGAGGCAAGCUUUUCCACUUUACUGGCAGUGAAUGGAAAGAGCGUGGCGUGGGCACUUUCAAGCUCAACGCAAAGAAAUCAACCGAAGCUGCCGCCGGAGAUGAGGAAGAAGGCGGAGCUGCUGCUACCAAGCCGUCGAGAAGAUCUGCCCGGUUUAUCAUGCGUACGGAUGGUGUAUUCCGACUCAUCCUCAACAUUCCGCUAUAUAAAGGGAUGAAAGUAGGGGACCCAGAGGGUAAGGAGCCGACGGGAAAACAUGUACAGAUAUCUGGAAUUGAGGACGGACGAACAGUGCCUCUCUUACUCAGGACGUCUAAUGCCGACGCUGCGAAGGACCUCCAUGCUGCAGCCCAGGAGUUUCUCUCCGAAAUGUGA